CUGGCUCCGCUGAGCAGGAGCUGCUAGGCUGUCGGUGCCAGAGCUCAGGCCUCAGAGCCCUGCUGGAGGAGGUGGACACAGAGGAGGCAGGCCCAGAGAGGAGCUGAGGCAGGGAGAUGGCUGACUGCUACACAGAGCUCGAGAAGGCCGUAGUUGUCCUGGUGGAAAACUUCUAUAAAUAUGUAUCCAAGCACAGCCUGGUCAAGAACAAGAUCAGCAAGAGCAGUUUCCGCAAGAUGCUCCAGAGAGAGCUGAACCACAUGCUGACGGACACAGGGAACCGAAAGGCAGCUGACAAGCUCAUCCAGAACCUCGAUGCCAACCAUGACGGGCGCAUCUGCUUUGAUGAAUACUGGACCAUGAUAGGCGGCAUCACCAGCCCCAUGGCCAACCUCAUCCGCCAGCAGGAGCAGCAGGAAUGCCAGCAGAGCAGCAGCUAGGGGCCUCAUGCGCCCCUUUCCCGUCCUGACCUAUGAUG